AUGAAAUGCACUUUAGAUGGAGGAAAUACAAAAGUCUUCGCGAAGGCGGUACAAUCUCUUUCCAAAUUCGGUGGAGACUUAUUUGUUGAAGCUGAUGUUGACGGGAUGCAGUUGCGUACAUUGAAUCCUACAAAAUCUGCUGUUGGAACAUACCGAUUCAAUAAGUCAUUCUUCGAUUAUUACGAAACCAAUCAAAAUGAGGAAACUUAUUGUAAAAUAGACAUGCGGGCAUGCCUUACUGUAUUUCGGAACACGAAGCAGGUAGAGCGUUGUGAUAUGACAUUUAUACAAGAUCAAGAAAAGUUUCAAAUACAACUCAAAUGUCAGCAUGAAACUUUGAAGAAUACAUGCAUAUCAGUCGAUGACGAAGAGAAUAUAACUGCUGAAAUGACACCAGAAAACAACUGCAAUACAAUUUGUGGAUCACAUAAGAUAUUUACUGAAAUAUCUAAUAAUUUUAAUCCUGCGGAGGAAGAAAUCACUCUUGAAGCGCAAGAUAAAAAGAUAAAUGUAAAAAACUAUGUCGAGGGUUCUAGAGUAAACGAAAAAUUUAUGCGCUCUCAACUGCAACUAAAUGCUGAUGAGUUCGAUAAGUACAACAUAGAAAAACAAACAUCCAUUACAUUUUGCUUAAAGGAGUUUAGAGCGUUACUCAUGUUUGCUGAGGCACUGAACGAAAGUGUAUGCUUGCAAUUCGACAUGGCUGGAAGUCCUGUUUUUGUUGGGAUAUCACACAGAGAUGAAAUUCAUUGUCUUCUAAUUAUGUCUACGCUGUCAUCGGAUGAAGUCAGUUUUUAUGAUGACUGCCAAGAAAGCGAUGUCCAAGAAACUAGCACGUCGAAAUUAUGUCAAAAGAGAAAAUUAAAUUCAACAAGAACUAAUGACAAAUCUAAAAGCUUUAGAAGAGAUACGAAACAAAAAUGUAUUACAGAAGAUACGACUUUAAGUAAUAGUUCAUCAUUAUUUCAAUUUGAGAAAAAUAGUAAUAAACGCAGCUCUUCAUUGUCAAUUGCUGCGCCUCGUAAUCAAAACCCAUCGUUAAUGACGGAGUCUAUAUCCGAUAACAGUAUUCUCUUACUGCCUGCAGUAUGUGAAGAAUCUAACAGAAUUCAUACUAAUCCUAGAAAACAAACACUUGCACUAACUAGUGCUGAGGAGGGAGUGACUGAAAUUUCAAGCAGUGGUGAUGAGGAUUGUGUUCCCGAGUCUCCCAAGCGUCAAGAAAGGGCGAACUUACGUACUAUAUUUUCUCGAUGUUUUCAGGCUACCUAUGUACCAUCGGAACCUUCAACGCAUGGCCAAAUUUUUGCUCUUGAUUCAGAUACCGAAUAAUACAAGUUCGAAUUCUGUUUUUCUAUGUUUUUGUUAUUUAUUUAUUUUUAUAUAAAAUCAUAGAUUAAUAUUCGGAAGAAAGUUUGUUGUAAAAA